AUGCACAUCCUUACCUCCCGAGGUCACGACGACGACGACGACGACGACGACGACGACGACGACGACGACGACGGUCACGACGACCACGACGACCACGACGGUCACGACGGUCACGACGGUCACGACGACCACGACGGUCACGACGACCACCACGACGACCACGACGACCACCACGACCAGUCAUAUGUUUACCGCAUUUGA